CUUAACCAUAAACGUUAAUACCGAACUCGAUAUGUCAAACAGACCAUACACCUGGAGGUUUAAUGGAAAUCUUGUUAAAUGGGUAAAUUUAAUAUACAUGCAAAGAAUAUGUAUGUAAUAGAAGUGUUCAACAGACAAAAAAGUCGUGUGAGGUUUAAAUUAUAUAAACUUCCGCAUGUGUCGUUGGUAAAACCAAAUGCAGUUGACAUAACCAUCACGUGCGUUUAUUGAUAGUUGAGCUGUAUUAACACAUUAAGAUAUAAACAGACGAUUUGCAUACAUGAACUAGGCGUUUAAACAUGGUAAGAUGUGGAAACUGGGUUUUUAAAUAAAUAUUUUUAAAUUUUUAAUUAGAAGCUUUAUAUUGAGUGUAUUUUUAAUUUACAUAUUUCGAUUUCAUUGACAUAUAAGAAGAUGGAACAUAAGGAAUGUGUAUACAAGAUAUGCAAAACAUCAAGUAAAAUUUUCCGAUUGGACGAAGAAUUUGUUUCGUGAACGAACGGUCGACGCAAACCACGACUCGUUGGAAUUCAAAGAGAGAUAGUGAUUCGUUAAAUUCAAGUGGAGGCAAUGAACUGUAAGACAUCAACAGGUGAUAAUGAUUCGUAAGAAUCCAAAGGGAGACAAUUAUUCCUAGGAAGUCAACAGAUGAUAAUGAUUAGCUGGAUUACAAAAGUGAUCAUGACACUUCAAAAUUUAAAGGAAGAUGAUGGCUCUUUUUAAUAAAAAAACCUAAAUGACUCUUUAUAAUUCAAAGAAGGAUAAUUACUAGUUGGAAUGUGAAGGGAUAUAAUGAUGAGUUGGACUUAAAGGGGAAAUAUUGACACAUUCGUUCUCAAAAGGGGCUAAUGACUGUUUAGAAUUCAAAGGAAGACAAGGACCAUUACGAAUUCAAAGCGAGUUAAUGUAUGGCUGAUUCCGUUACCGACAAUAUCUAAGAUUCAAUAACAAUGCUUUAAGAGAUAUGAAUUACUAAUGUUUCGCCUAAAUUUACACCGCGGUAAGUUUCAUUAUUUCAUGGAAGAAAACUUUGAUAAGUAGGUCGUUUAGCUUUUUCUUCUUUAUCAAAGCAUAUCAACAGUACUUUAACAAUGGACCUCGGAAUAGAAACCUACUUUGAGGCCCAGUUCGUCGGCCGGAAAGAUGAACUUCGCGAUUUGCAAGCUGCCUGGAACAAAAAACAAAGAAUGUUCGGAAUUUUUGGGAUGCGAUCUGUUGGUACAUCAAGGCUAGCGAAGGAGUUUUUGGCUAGUGUCUCGGGCCAAUAUGAUAAACUUGUCUACGUUAACUUGAAGGAGACCAGCGACCUAGUCGCAAUGUACGUCAAUAUAUGCGCUCAAUUGACUGUUUCUGUUGAAUCUCAUCCAAACGAUGUCAAGUCGUGGGAAAGCAUGCUUUUCUGUGCUGUUUCCACUAGACAAACGCAAUACUUAUUAUUUUUUGACAACGGCGAAUAUUUUAUCGACAAUGAAGCCGAAACUCUCGAACCUCUACGCAAGCUGUGUGUUGCUCUUUUGAAACAGAGCAAUAUAAAAGUUAUUUUGACUUCUACAACGAAGUUUCAGCUGGAAAGUUUGCGGCGUAUCUAUUACGUGUGUGAGCUACAACCGCUCAAGCCAACAGAGACAUCGGAAUUACUGAGAGCCGAAUCGCCCGGUGUGGACUACGGCGAAUACUUGUACCCUAUUGUAGAACUUAGUGAAGGGUUGCCGCUUCUGAUUCUCAUGAUAACGUCCGAGCUUCGAGGCGACGGAGGCAUGUUGACGCCGAAGGACAUGGCGCAACUGCUAGCGGAAUACAGACUGAAGAUCCUUAGUCGAGAGUUUUAUCCGGGGAAAGACAGAGUUGCUGACGUGUAUCGGCUAUUCAUCAAUCGCCUGAGCCCCGUGCUAGCAGAGACGGUUCUUAGACUUGGAUUAUAUACCAGGCUCAUUUACUGCAGAAGAGGCCAGAUCGCUACUUGAUUAUUCGACGGUAGCGUUGGUGAAGGACCAAGUGCUGGUCCCUAAACUUAGGCGUCACUUCAUUACCUAUGAUCCCUCGAAUAGGCGCUUUAACAUACAAGGAAUCUUGCGGGAGUGUCUCAAAACGUAUUUCGCUUUGCGGCACAUUCCAGAAAUCCGCAAGCGUUUCUGCCAAACAUUCACCGAGGUAAUGACGAGCAUAUCUCGACGUUAUACGUCACAGGAGUAUGCCAACGCCUUGGCGGACUUUGCGUUUGAGCAGCCGAACCUGCAGAAGCUGUUGCUGGAGAUACAAUACACAACACAGGACACUUACACGUUCUUUAUUCGGAUGGCUACUGAGUCCACGGAGUUUAUUGAGAAAUAUCUCACAGGAAACUCGGAGGAUUUCUACAGUCAAUGUCAUCGUGCAGCAGACCGAUACGGUAAAGAAACGGACAAAGCUGUAGUAGAUAUUGCCGUGGGAAGCCUGUACACAUAUGUCAAGGCAAAAUUCAAAGAGGGCUACACCAAAUACAGCGCAGCGCUAUGCAUAUUGAAAGGCGCUGGAAAGUCGCUACAGCUGGCUACUGUGCAUCAGCGCAUCGGAUCCAACCUUAUUUUUCAGGAUCAAAACAAAGAAGCUAUCACUCAUUUAAAGAAGUCGCUGGCCAUUUCGCUGGUAUCCGGGAAGCCUUUCGAAUUUAUAGCUCUUCAGGCGUUUAGCAGUAUGGGAUGUACGCUUACCAAGUUAGGACGAUUCAAAGAUGCUGAGAAAUACCAUUUUGUUUGCCUCAAACGUCGACGGAAAAUUCAAGGCAAAAAUCACCCGGAUGUCGGAACGACCUUGAACAACAUUGGACUCAUGUAUGACCAGAAGGGCGACGGUAGGUUGGCAUUGAAAUACUUUCAAGAAGGCCUUGAAAUAAAGAACAAAUCCAAGGCUCCAGAUCUUUCUCGCGUCGCUUCGUUGACGAAUGUUGCAAACGCAUGCGUGGACGUUGGCAAGUUAGCUGUGGCAUUAAAUGCUUUAGACGAAGCAGAAGAAAUUUUAACAAAGCAACGGUUUCCGCAGCCAUACCUUAUUGCGUAUUUGAAUGACACGAGGGGAAAGUUGUAUUUCCAACAGGGCAAUAUGGACAAAGCAGGUGAAAUGUUCGAGAAAGCGGCACGGGGACGCGAGGACGUGGCGUCUGGAAAAACCGACCACGUGGAAAGCUUGGUUCACUUGAUGAAAGUGGCCGUUAAAAAGGGGGACAAUGCUAAAUGUAUUAAAACUGGAAAAACUGUGCUUUCCUUCAGUGAUGAUGUUAUAAAGCAGCGACCGAAAAGUCACUUUUUGACUGAGUGUUACGAUUGCCUCGCAAAGGUAUAUAAUACAAUGGGCGACGACGAAAAGGUCAGGGAUACGUUGACCAAGAUCAAGACGGAACUGUUAAGGCUGGAAUACCUUUACACGCGUGAUUGCAAUGAAGGUCAGGCGGUUAAAAUAAGGCAACAGCUUGCGGACAUUGAGUGCAAGCUGAAGGCGAUGUCUCACACCCUCGACGAGGUUACAAACCUCAAGACAGUGUGAUCUCAUUAGAACUAUUCAAUGAACAGUUGCGUUGUGAGAUUAUCAAAUGAAUGAUGCUAAAAAUGCACAUUGGUACAUGAUCCAAUUGAUUUCUUCCAAUCGUGCAGGAACAUACAAACAAGUACGAACUGUAAAGCGAAUAAUCAGGGCCAUCUUUACAGUAUAUAGGUCUUACUGAGUAUAAUCUACGCACCUUUAACACAACUUUUAUUUUCAAAGUGUUACAUUUUUCCCCAAACGACAUUGUACAGGUAUUUUUAUUUUUAAAUAUAUUUAGGGUGCAUAAUGAACGAAACAAAACCGUAAUAAGUUCGCUCUGAAAGUACUAGAACUUACUACAUCGAAUGCUUUUUACUACUAAGCUAUGAAUUGUGUACUUAAAUGAAUGAAACGAUGCAACAAUUUGUUAAGGUAUUUACUUUGAUUUGAGAUAACGUGUUGAGUAUAUUGAAUGUUCAACGUUUCUUUUUUUACCGUAACCAAAUUAUGUACUUGAUGUUGUAUUUAUAUUUAUUCGCACUAUUAAACUUGUAAUUCAAAGAGUAUUAAUAAGUA